AUGGAGGAGGUGACUGUUAAGGUCGAGGCGGGGAUCCAGCCGUUCGGGAGGCCGAUCGCGGAAUCCGCCGAGUCCCACGAGGGUGAGGAGGGGCUGUUGAAAGCUGAAGCGGCAAAGGGUCACGACUCAGACAAGACCGCGGGCGCGCAGGAGCGCGCGGUGGACGAGAGCGAGGACGACGGAGACGACGACGCCGACUACAAGAUCGUGAAGACCGAUCCUGAUAAUCCGACGACGGCGGCGGUGCAAUCCCCCUCCGAAGGGGAUCGUGGGAACGUCUCAGAUCAGGUACCUGCAAGGUCUGACGGGGCAGAGGAGGAGGACGACGACGACGACGGGCACGGCUUCCACGAGGAGGAGGACGAGGAACACGACGACGAGAACGACGACGACGACGACGGGCACGGGGAAGAGGAGGAGGACGACACCGAGGACGCCGAAGCCAACUUGACGAACCUCAGCGACCUGGCGCUCAUCGCCGGAGCCGCCAACGGGCGCGCCAAGCCCAAGUCAAAGCCCAAGUCCGCACACAAGGACAAGGGUGGAAAAUCCGCGAAACGAAGGCCGCUGCGAUCGGCUUCGGAGAUCACCCAGGAGGAGCUCAGCUCGUGCUUUCACCUGCCCUCCGAGGCUGCGUGCAGGAAGCUUGGCAUCGGGCUCACCGUGCUGAAGCGCCAGUGCCGCAAGUUCGGCAUCAAGCGAUGGCCCUUCCGCAAGAUGAAGUCUCUGGACCGGCUCAUCACCAACGUGCAGGCGGGCAUAUCGCCUGGGGACCAGAAUCGAACGCUGGUCAAGUCGGUGGAGGAGCUGGAGGAGCAGAAACGACGGAUGGAGGAGUGUCAGGUGCUCGACCUCGACGAGAACACCAAGCGGCUGCAGCAGGCGUACUCCAAGGCGAACCACAAGGCGAGGAGGAUGGCGCAGGCUCCCGAGCUCGGCGGCCUCGGCGGGUUGCUCGCGCUGAGCUCGAAAUCUGACAAGCGGGGCUCCGACGCGUCCACCGCGGGGGUGGCGAGGGGCGACGACGACCACGUCAACAGCGUCAUGAGCAGCGUGCUGAAACGCGCCAAGGCGGGGGCGCAGAUCCUGGACGUCGCCGGCGCCAUCCCCGUCCUCGGAGACCCGGCGGCUACCAUCACCGCCGCCGCAAACGCCAUCCAGGAGUACAGCGGCGGAGCCGCCGCGCUCCUACCCAGCACGUUCACGGGCCUGAACCCGACGCAGCAGAACAUCCUCGCCGCGCUGGCGUCGGCGAUGAACUCCAAGGAACCCGGCGAUCGCUCCAGCAUCUCCGCGUUCACCACCGCGCUCACCAACCUGGCGGCGCAGGGGAAGAUCGAGGUUCAGCCCGAGGCGGUGGCGGCUUGGCAAAACGCGGCCAAGUUUUAUCCGCCGCAGGGGGCUCUGACGACGCCAACGCCGACGCAGCAGCAGCGGCCGAGCGACGCGGCGACGAACCCGUUCGCCCCCGCGCUCGACCCGGCGGAUCUCGUGGACGGUAAGAGGCCGGUCACCGCGGUGACGGGGCGGUGGUCCCCGGCGAGACCCGCGAGGAAGUUUGACGCGACGGGGGCGCCGGUGUUUGACGAUCGCGGCGCCGAGGUUUUGGAGGAGCUGCUCGCGCAGCGGACCAAACGGGGCCGUCCGCCGAAGAAUGAGGCGUCGGAGUCGGAGAGCUCGGAGUCGGAGAGUUCAGAGUCGGAGAGCGAGGAGAGCGAGGAGGAACCCGAGCCCGAGGAGGAGGUCGAGGGCGAGGCUGGGCGCAGCGGACGCAGGCGCAAGCCCAACCCAAAGUACCAGGAGGAGAAGACGCCGAAGAAGAAGAAGACGAAGAAGAAGAAGAAGGAGAAGAAGGAGAAGAAGAGGAGGGCGAAGAGGGCCAGGACAAAUAGCGCGGGGGGCGACGUCGACGACGCGGAUCCCCUCGCCAGCCUCGCGCUCGCCGCCCUGGGCGCCGCCAAGACGGCUAAACCCGCGAAGGCGUCCGCCGUCCCGGCCGAGCACCCCGCCUUCGCCCUCGCGCAGCAGAAGAGCCGAACCGUCGUGUCUCGAGCGCCGCCCGGCGCGGGGCUUCACGCGCCGCGGAUCGACAAGAGCACGAUCACGCUCGUGGUGACGGAACACGCGGACAGGCUGAGGGACGCGAUGCUGACGCUGGCGGAGGGAGGAGCUAGACGCUGGCCGAGGGAGGGACCGGACGCGCCGGCGACGCAGGACGAGAAGCAGGCCAUCUCGGACGCCAUCGGGGUGGAGGCGCUCAAGUUACGGGACGCGCUGAACGAGAUGCUGCUGCCGCAGGGCGCGGGUCGCCCCUGA